GGGGGUUCGGGGUAUGACGAAGCUUCUGGAGACUCGUGAGAUUCGGUGUAAACGACCAAUCUUCUCUUCCGUUUUAUAGGACUCUUUCAUGUAUAUCAUAUAAAUGUUUGCUUUCUGGUUAAGUAAUUGUUCUUCAAAACCAGACGAUUAGAAUGUACAGAUCUUGAACUGGGUAUUCGUUGAACUGAGCUUUUGGAUCGACAAUGUCUUCACCUGCACAAUUCUAUAAUUCGCUUCCACCUAUAAGCAAAGCGUAUGGGACCCUCUGUUUGUUGGCCACGACUGCAUAUCAAAUUGGGCUAUAUCAACCUGCACAUAUUGCAUUGAUAUAUGAGCUAGUAUUCUCACGUUUUCAGGUGUGGAGGCUGAUAACAAACUUCUUUUUCCUUGGCAAAUUCUCUAUCAAUUUUGGGAUUCGACUGUUAAUGAUAGCAAGAUAUGGAGUCCAACUGGAAAAUGGUCCAUUUGAAAGGCGUACGGCAGAUUUCUUAUGGAUGGUGAUAUUUGGAGCCCUGUCAUUAUUGGUAUUAUCUGCUAUCCCCUUGUUAUGGUCCCCCUUCUUAGGGAUAUCACUGGUUUUCAUGCUUCUCUAUGUCUGGAGUAGAGAAUUCCCAAAUGCCAAUAUCAACAUAUAUGGCCUUGUGACCCUUAAGGCUUUUUAUUUGCCAUGGGCUAUGCUUGCUUUGGAUGUUAUUUUUGGUUCACCUCUUCUGCCAGAUUUGUUGGGAAUCAUAGCAGGACAUCUGUAUUACUUCUUAACUGUAUUGCACCCUCUUGCUGGUGGAAAGAACAUGUUAAAGACUCCAAUGUGGGUGCAUAAAUUAGUUUCAAGGUUGACAAUUGGAGCUCCAACAAAUAGUCAUGCCCAGCCUGAAAGGACGACUGGCGUGGCUUUCAGAGGGAGUACCCAGCCUGAAGGGGCAACUGGCGUCGCUUUCAGAGGGAGGUCUUAUCGACUUAGCGGAUGAUGCUGCUCUUUAAUCAUGCUGUUACAAGAAUGGAACAUUUUGUUACUACAAAUUUCUGAGCAUGUUUUCCAGUCAACACCACUAACAAAGGAACUCUUGGACGAUGACCUAGCAGGAGAGAUCUCACUAAUGGUUACACUGACAGAAAUUUCUUUUUCCAUGGGCUACACACGAAUAACUGAUGUAUACUUUUGUCGAGAUACUGUAGAUGGAUGUGUUCACAUUUUCAUGCAAUUUUUUCAUUUUUUUUUUUUUU